UCGAGAGUACAGAGUGAUUACUUUUCACAGGAGGGGUGGGUAAUGUCCCAGGACAGAACAGGUCACAUGUAAGGGUAGAGGCGUACAGGGGUGUGAAGAAUAGGUGGGACAGAGGGAUGUUUAAAAGGGCACGGUGGUGCAAUGCAAAAGAAGACAGGAUAGAAAGAUGGAGACGGCGCUAACAGAUGGACUGAAGAGGGAUUAUGGAUGCUCUUGGUAGAGUGUGACACCAAUUUCCAAGGAAAGGCAGGAAAAGGAGGAGAUUUGGGCAGGAUUGUACCAAAAAAGGGGAAAAGCAGAAAUAAUCGCAAAAGGAUAAGGAGGGAAACUGCAUGCUGAACCAAAGAGACGAGAACCUUCUGUGUUUAACUGCUGCACAGAAGGUGGAAAAAGAUACAAAUUAAUGGAUCGAAAUAGGGAGUUAAUAUUACGAUGGACAUGAUGUAAGAAGAUUAACGUGCACAGGUAAAAAAAAAUCAGCUUUUUGUAAUGCAGAAUAAUUGUUGAUUUUCUUGUAAAACCACUAUAUUUCAUUCAGAAUUCUGCAUGUGUAAUAAUGUGACGCAUAAAAGAUAUAGAUCAUGAUGCAUGACGCAUGAUGCAAACCAUUUGGUUGUAAUCUUAACAAUUAAAUAAUCGAUUCAAGCUCAUUUGACUAUUAGCAGACAUUUUGUAUUUCAUCACUUACAAAUGCGUUCAACCCAUUUUAAAUUUAAGCUUGAAUAUUCCAAUAAACUGUAGAGGAAAUAUUCUGACGUUGCCAUAAAAAGCUGUUUCCAGUUGAUAUAACCCUUAAAAAAAGAUUUUUUUAAAUAUAAUUUGCGGUAAUGUAUUUAGGUUUUUUUCAGAUAAUAAACUAUAUUUUUUUAAUCAGUUUUUUUAUGUUUAUAGAACUCCAUAUUUUAUGUUUAUUAUAAAUAAAUAAAAGGUAUCCUUAAAAGAGUAAAAAAAAAGAAACAUGCACACCUACAAAGCCCAAACAGAUUAAAACAGAUUAUUAGAGGAUUACAAGUAAAGUUAGACUUAAUGCGAGAGCUUAACUAAUAAUUUCAUCACGUAACUUCAAACGUAAUCCUUCGAAUUCCCUCUUUUUCCUUUUCUCAUUUUUAAUCCCAUUCAGGGCUGUACUGAAAAUAAAUAAUAGUUUCAAAUCAUUUAUUUAGCAUUACGUAAACAUGUUUUUUUCCCCUCUGGAUUAUACAGUUUUGCUCAUAAAUUUACAUACCUUAAGGGAUCAUACAAAUAGCAUGUUAUUUAUUUCUUUAGUUAUUUAUGUAUAUUUUAAUUUUAGUGCGGUUUAUCAUAAAUUUUUGUCCUGAGAAGUUCCUGCACAUUCCUUUGUUUUUUUUCUGCAUAUCUGAACUCGUUCCACCAGCAACUGUGUGAUUUUUAGAUGUAAAAAGUUUUAGAUAUGUAAACGUGGUUGUUAACUUUUUGAAUUGGAUUGGGGCUGCACUUAUUUUGUAUUCUGGGAAACAUAAAAACUUUGUGUAGCUUUUCAAGAGGCGUAACAAAUACACAAAAAAAAAUAGUGCCAAAAGUAAGAUCUUUAAACAAAGCGACAUCCACAACUCUCCAUUUUCCUUUUUUUCCUUUAAACUACUCAGUGUAAGAAUAUGGAUGUUAAAAUCAUCCAGUAAUUAUUGGAAAUUAUAAUAUGCAGAAUAUGCUAGGAGACCAAAGAAUGUGCAGGACCUGAAGGAUUUUUCUGAAGAACUGCAGACUGUCUUGUGAUUUAUUAACAACCUUCUCAUAACAUACGAACAGUCAUUGAUAAUCCAGGUAACACAUUAUACGAACAUAUAAAAAUAGUAUCUCUUGUUUUGCUAAAAUUCUUAAAAUCUUGAAUAUUCAUCAAGGGCAUGUAUACUCGUGAGUGGAGCUAAAUAUGAUUGAUAUUAAAAGCGGCAAUGGUAAUAAUAAGGCUCCUUAGUUCAAUAAGAUUUAAAUUAAAGGCAAUUUAUUAAGCCCUCAUUUGCUUACAGUUUUCAAAACUACUCGGAUGAUAUCUAAUAAAGCAAUUUGAUGUGAUUAAGUGAUAAUUUCUGUUACAGCUUAAUUGAGGGACCUAAAAAAUAAAUAAUAAAAAUAAAAACGAAUAAUCCUUAUAAUGAGAUACUAGCGCCAGGAAGCAUUAAAACAAAAGGUCCGGUGCUAGGAUGUACCCGUGUGGUCAAUGUAUUAUGUCUGUUUAGAACUCUUCAACAACAUUUUCAUUUUCUUUAAGUAUCUUUGGAUAAUAGACAUCUGCCCAGAACAAAGUGUAACGUAUAAGCCUGUGACAUAUGUUGUUCUUUCCUCUUUUACUAAGGUUCUUCCCUGAUCUGACCCUCUCCUUUAAUAAAUCCACAUCUUCAUUUAUCCUACCAUCUGUCACAGGGAUCUCUUACUCAUUUCUGCUUUAUAUAAUUUUCUCAAUUUCAUUCUCAUCCCUAAAGAUUUCUUGUGGUUACCGAUCCCCGUUUGCCCUUCAUAAACCACCUCUGCCUUCACUUUGAGUAGCAUGUUGGACCACAUGCCCAGACGCUCUCGCUCCCUGCUCUCUCUUUUCCUGACCUCCCUCGCCCUGGCGUUAUCUGUGCUGGCUUUCUGUACGUCUUACUGGUGUGAAGGAACGCACAAAGUGGUCAAACCUCUCUGCCUGUCACCUGUCAAGAUGAAGAACUGCGGCCAGAACAACAGUGAACCUUACACUACAGAAAGCCCCACCUCGGAUCCCAGGAACCCGUUACCAACAUUAUCACCAAAACGAAGGGAGGAACUAGCCAGGAUUCGACAAAGACAACUGGCCAAUGCAGUGCACUACAUUUGGGAGACGGGAGAAGACAAGUAUACCUUUAGAUAUUUCCACACGGGAUUUUGGGAGUCCUGUGAAAAACAUGCUGAUGGUGAAAGAUGUCGUCGGUUCUUGGAUCUUACUCCUGGAGAGACUCAUGGUGUGCUGUGGUUGUCAAUGAUCGCUGAGUUCAUGUACAUCAGUUUGCUGGGCAUGGGCUUUCUUCUCAUGUGGGUGGAAGUGUUGUGUGCUCACAAAGAAAUGCACGCACUCAAAAUCAACGCUUUCGCAGCCAUUUGCACAGUGCUCUCAGGGCUGUUAGGGAUGGUGGCUCAUAUGAUGUACACCACCGUAUUUCAGCUAACUGUGAUUGUGGGUCCCAAAGACUGGAGACCUCAAACGUGGGACUACGGCUGGUCAUUCGCGCUUGCAUGGGUGUCUUUCAGCUGCUGCAUGGGUGCUGCGGUUAUGACCCUUAAUUCUUACACGAAAACGGUCAUUGAGCUACGUCACCGCCAGAGGCUUCGAUUAGAGGAGGCCCGUGCUACAAGCCACGCCCCGUCCUACGAUGAGGUGGUCCCAGGUGGAGGGCUGUACUCCGUCAGCGGCUUACUACAGUGUCCGAAUGGGAUGAUAGACUCUAUGUGGGCAUCCAAUGGGAGCAUGGGACUGGUGCAAGAGAGGGAUGUGCCCACCCUGGUACUGGUUGGAGGAUGCGGGCAAGAUUCGUGUGAGGACUGUGAGAGAGAGAUGGAUGAGAUGAAGGAGGUCAUGAAUGGAAUAGAUUCUCCUUGUUAAUCUUGGAUGAUGAGUUGAGGGGCUAGUUCACACAAAAAUGUGUUAUUUGGUCCCCAUCGUGUCAUUUCAAACCCAUAUGGCUUUCUUUUGUCUGUGUAACACAAUAGAAAAUAACUUGAAGAAGGGUAGAUCCAAUAUACUGUUUGUCUACAUCAAAUUGUGUCUUGUUUGUAAACAGAUUCUAAAUUCUGGAGCAUCUUUAUCGUUUGGAGAGUUUUUCUGCUCUCGUUAUUUACUCUUCAUGUGCAAAUUGGUGGGCGGGGCUAAACAGGCAGUGAUGUAGAAGCAGGCGUUGAUCUUCUGCAGGGGCGGGGUUUGCUGCACUAUUACAUCAUAAAGUGACACGCGCUGUCAUUACGACUGGUUUCAAUAUAAGCUGUUUUUAGACUAACUAGGAAGUUUUGAGUUCUGAAAUUUAUAGGAUGCUUUUAUAGUACGAUGACCUCUUAUAUGUCAAAAGAUUAAGGGAUUUUGAUUUCUCAGUUCAUGACCCAUUUCAUAUCUUCUGUUAUGCUCCACAGAAGAAAGAAAGACAUACAGGUUUGGAACGACUCGAGAGUGGGUAAAUGGUGACCGAAUUUUCGUUUUAAUGGAAUAUCUAAUUAGUUUUUAUAACAAUGGCCUUGUAUGUUUUGUCUGCCUGAUUAACUGAGUGACUAGCAAAAACUGUCUAUGCAAAAUGUCUUUAUAGAUGGUUUUUUUUUUUAGGUAUGUCUGUGGCUGAAAUUCAGUCAGUGUGUGAUAUUGAGUGAGUGGAUUUUCAAGUGUGAGGAUUUAGGAAAAUGCCAUUUAUAUAUUGGAAGGUAUUUGAGUGGAUUACACUGAGAUUUUGUCAGAUCACAAAGCCUGUAUUAUUUGCAUGUUAUAUUGUAACUAAAAACAUUUUCUGUAAUAUCUCAUAUUUUCUUCUGUAUUGUAUUGUAUGUUUUAUUUGGUUAAGAAUGGACACCCAAACCAUAAUCAUUAAAUAAAAUAAUAAUGUAAAUACUAAUGUAAAA